UAAAUAAAUAAAUCAUGAUGCAAACUUCUCACUAACUAUAACAACACUCCUCUUUCUCUCGCUUUGCUCUGCUUUGUAAAGGGGACAACAAAAUGAUCUCUGCUUCUUCCCCUUCUAAGGAAGUUCAAUCUGAGCAAAAAUGGGUGGAGAAUGGCCCCCAAAGAAGGGCCAAAUGGUGGUACUCAACCUUCCACACUGUGACAGCCAUGAUAGGUGCUGGUGUUCUUAGUCUGCCCUAUGCCAUGGCAUAUUUAGGAUGGGUUCCAGGGACUUUAAUGUUGUUGUUAUCAUGGCUCCUGACUUUAAACUCAAUGUGGCAACUAAUCCAACUGCAUGAGUGUGUUCCGGGGACCCGGUUCGACCGAUAUAUCGAUCUUGGGAGACAUGCUUUCGGACCAAAACUAGGACCAUGGAUUGUGCUGCCACAGCAACUGAUAGUUCAAGUUGGGUGUGAUAUUGUUUACAUGGUGACUGGAGGGAAGUGCCUGAAGAAAUUCAUGGAGAUUGCAUGCACCAAUUGCACACAGCUCAAGCAGUCAUAUUGGAUUCUCAUCUUUGGUGCCAUCCAUUUCUUUCUCUCUCAGCUUCCUAAUUUCAAUUCUGUUGCUGCUGUUUCCUUGGCUGCAGCUGUCAUGUCACUAAGUUAUUCAACAAUCUCAUGGGUGGCAUGCUUGGGCAGAGGACGGAUUGAAAACGUUAGCUAUGAAUACAAGAAAACGAGCAGAAUGGACCUAAUGUUCAGGGUGUUCAACGCAUUAGGUGAAAUCUCAUUUGCAUUUGCAGGCCAUGCAGUGGCCCUUGAGAUUCAGGCCACAAUUCCAUCAACUCCUGAGAAGCCCUCAAAGAUUCCAAUGUGGAAAGGUGCUGUUGGUGCUUAUUUCAUCAAUGCCAUUUGUUAUUUCCCUGUUGCACUUAUUGGAUAUUGGGCUUUUGGGAGAGAUGUUCAAGAUAAUGUUCUUAUGGCUCUUGAAAGACCUGCUUGGCUUAUUGCCUCUGCUAACUUUAUGGUAUUCAUUCAUGUUGUUGGUAGCUACCAGAUUUAUGCCAUGCCUAUUUUCGACUUGAUUGAGAGGAUGAUGACAAAAAAAUUUAAUUUCCCUCCUGGACUAGCACUCAGACUUGUUGCUAGAACCACUUAUGUAGCUGCUACAUUGUUCGUUGGUGUUACCUUCCCUUUCUUUGGUGAUCUUCUCGGGUUUUUUGGUGGAUUUGGUUUUGCUCCAACUUCAUAUUUUCUUCCUAGUAUAAUGUGGCUAGUAAUCAAGAAGCCGAAGAGAUUUAGCAUGAAUUGGUUCAUCAAUUGGGUUUCAAUAUACGUUGGAGUGUGCAUUAUGUUGGCAUCAACCAUAGGGGGCUUGAGGAACAUUGCUGCCGAUGCCUCCACUUAUAGUUUCUACACCUAAACUAGAUUAUUGAAAGAAUGUGUUAACUGUAAUUAAACGAGUUAAUUAUUGGACUGGGACUUGCUAAUGAUCUAGUUAAUAAUGUGCCCUUGUUUGUUGGAGUAACUAUUUUUUUGUAGUCUUCUUUUCUUUGGUGGUCUUAUGUGAGCACUUAAAGAUUUCUUGUUAGCCAUAUAUAGUACUUAAAUUU